CAUCAUUUAGCUCCAACUUGUGAACAGCACUCAAUGAAUGCAAUCACUACGCUUUAAAUGCAGCAGCGAUUCAAAUCAAAUUCGUAAUUGACACAUGUGAAGUACAUAUAAAAUCGGCUGUAGUCAAAGAUAUACAUUGUAUGCAGACAGAAUCAACAAAGCGCUGGAAUUUCGGAAUAUAUAAUGAGCAGAUUGGGCCACAACAAACGAGAAUAAAUCAGUAACAGAAGUCAGUGGAGAGAAGGGGAACGGGAACAGAAGCUGGAUCCGCAGCGGGUUCAGGGGCAUCAGAAGAUUCAACAACAAUUAGCAGCAAGCAUUGACGGUCCACGAUGGCACGACACAUAAUGGCCGUGUGUGUGGUGUGCCUGCUCUGUGCACAGCGGCUGCAUUGCCAGGAUCACGAUGCCGAGAAGCUGUGGGCGACACAGCGCACAACGAUCAGUCUGAAUGCACAGUUAGCCAAUGGCAAUCUAAGUCCAUCCAGUGAGAUAUCCACCGAACAGAGGCAGCUGGCCGAUGAGAAUGAUACCCAGAACUAUAGCACAAGUCCGCCCUACAAGAGACACAGACGACACGCAGGUCACGACCAUGAGGCCGAGCACGGGCACGGCGCGCCACUGAAACACGUCCCGCAGAUUACGCAAUACUACCUGCAGCAGUUGAUGCAACUGCACGAGGCUCUCAAUGCCAGCAGUCUGCGUACCCUGAUGCAGCAGCUCGGACUGCAGCAUCUGGUCAGCAGCAACGAUAGCUGUGUGCCAGUUGAUCGCCUGGUGCAUCAUGUGCAGCCGCAUGAUCUCAGCCAUAUCGGCGAUAAAGCUGCGGAGCACCCACUGCUGUUGACCAACUGCACGCUGACACCCAACGGCACGAGCACCAGCAUUGCCUGCAGCCCACUCGAAGCCACUGCACCAUCACAGCCGGACUAUGAGCUAAAUGAAAGGGAAUUGAUGUAUCUGUGUCCAGUGCUGCUGCACGAAUUGGCGACGAGCAGCGGCGGUUGCAUUGCGCCCGAAGUGCUGGCUGAUAUUGAUAAAUUCGAGGCGCAACAGAAAGACGACAUUUUAUAUGUAUGGAUUUAUGCCUUUUCAUCGGUGUUUGCUUGUGGUAUAUUGGGUCUUGUGGGCGUGGCCAUAAUACCAUUCAUGGGCUCCCGCUACUACAAGCACAUCAUACAAUAUCUCGUGUCGCUGGCCGUGGGCACGAUGACCGGAGAUGCGCUGCUUCACUUGCUGCCACACUCGCUGGCUGGCCAGGACGAGCGCGGCAUGAUCAUGAAGGGCUUGGGCUGUCUUGGUGGCAUUAUAUUCUUCUAUGUCACGGAACAUGCGCUGACCAUGAUAUCGGAGUGGCGCAAAAGCGUUGAGAAGAAGGAAACAAAGAAACCAUCACGCGCCAAGGUGAUGCGCGAUCCGGACUCAUCAGUUAACAAUUCAGUGGCUGGCGACAAAAUGUGCAAACAAAAGUAUAGCUCAUAUCCGUACUGCUAUGACGAGAUCACAGUGAAUAAUAAGCAGGAUGUGUGGAUGCAUUUGCCGGACGAGGGCUCAGGGCCUGCUGGUUCCUCAGCUGCUGCAGCUGCGGGUGCUGGCGGCGAUGCUUCCAGCGGCGAGUGCAGCAAUCGGCACUGUGACAAGACUGAACAAGAAGGGUCGAGUGAAGCGGCAGCGGCCGCUCAAUCGCUGCUCUCUACCUCGCACAAUAACUAUGCCGAAAUGAACCAUCAUUAUCACAAUCACAAUCACAACAAUCAUCAGCAGCACCAGGACAGCAGCAAUACGGCAACAACUGAAUUGGACACCAACGCUAGCUCCGUAAAUGGCGCGAAGGACAAGAACGAUCAUGUGACUGUUAUAUUGCGCGAACAUGAAUCCUCCCAUCAUGGACACAGUCAUCGCCAUGGACACGUGCACUCGCCACCGGAGACGCUGAGCGCUGUUGCCUGGAUGAUCAUUAUGGGCGAUGGUCUCCAUAAUUUUACCGACGGUAUGGCAAUUGGUGCUGCUUUUGCUGAGAAUAUUGCCGGUGGCUUCUCAACCUCGUUAGCUGUCUUCUGUCAUGAGCUGCCGCAUGAACUGGGCGACUUUGCCAUCCUGAUGAAGGCCGGAAUGUCGGUCAAGUCGGCUGUGUACUAUAAUCUGUUGACGGGUGUGCUCAGUUUUAUUGGCAUGAUCUUUGGCAUUGUGUUUGGACAAUCACAGGAAGUGGCCCAAUGGAUGUUUGCCGUGGCUGCGGGACUCUUCAUCUACAUUGCGCUGGUCGAUAUGAUGCCGGAGAUCUCGGCUGCUCACAAGUCGCUGACACAGUUUUUGUUGCAAAUUCUGGGCAUGCUCAGUGGUGUGGUUAUUAUGCUCUUCAUUGCCAUCUAUGAAGGACAAUUGAUGAACGCAUUUGGAACAACGCCGACUAGCUCAGUUCAUCAUCAGCAUGUGCACUAAUGGAGCUAAGGAGGAUGAGAGAUGGAAAACGAGAGCGAGAGCGAGAGCGAGAGCCACGGAGAGAAAAGGAUCCACUGUCUUCAGAGCCAAGCAGAGAAUCUUGUAGCGUAUUAUGUGUAUUUUUCGAGCAUAGGUUUUUUUAGUUUUUGUAUAAUUGUAGUACUCUAUGUUAUAUAUAUAUAUUAUUUACCUCAGUCCACACUCAAGCACACAGUUUGACACACACACAUGCAUACAAAAGAGACAUUGCAAAUCAUUAAGUAAUUAAUCCCAUAAUAUUCGCAUUUGUUAAACAGUUUAUGAAACACACACAGAUGGACAUUUGUUAACUGCCACUGAAGCGUUGUCCGCAAAUUGAAUUUCGUUCCUAAAAGUCUCAUAAGCCAAUUUGCGUUCGUUUUCGAAUCAGUUUGUAUUGAUUUAUACACACAUACACAUGCACAUACAAUCAGCACAUACACUCAACAUACAUACAUAACAUACACACCCACAUUUAAUGUAAGAAACUUUCAAUGUGCAUAAGCUAUAAAGUGAUUAUGAAUUUAAAAAAACGAUAAAAAGCAAAACAACACUUGCUUAAAAAAGUUAAAUGUGAAAACAGAAAAACAUCAAAAUAUGUUCAGAUGAGAAACAAUAAUUGAAUUGAAACAAAGGCGAGCACUGAUGAAUAUGAUAGAGCCUACAAAAUGCAUGUAAACGCUAUAGACGUUAAGUCUUUGAAAUGAAACCUAAUCUUAAUUUACGAAAUUGCGAUUCAAUAUUGUAGCGUGUAUAUUUUUUAAGGCAAACAAUUAUAUACACAUAGAUUUUUUGUAUUCUGUAGUCUUUAGGGAACGCACGUUAAAAAAAAAAAAACACAUUCGACUAA